AUACCCUACAUUUUUUCUUUACAGGGCUAUGGCAGCUCGUUCUUGAGUGGGAAAAGGAAGACGAGGGCGCGACGAUCGAUCGUGUGCGCAUUUUGAGCGGAAGAAAGCGCUGUGGAUCUGUGAUCUCGCAGCAGGCGACCUAGUCCAAAAAGGCGGCGCUGCCGCUACCGCUUGAGGAUCUCCCCUUGGCUCGAUUUCGAUUGGAAUCUGUUCGAGCAGAGCGAUGUCGACGCCCAAUGGACCGAUCGCGAACUCGGGUUCUGCCAAAAGCCCGCUUAACAAGCGCAUCCUCUCGUCGCUCUCCCGCCGCUCCGUCGCGGCGCAUCCCUGGCACGAUCUCGAAAUCGGCCCCGGAGCACCUGCCGUCUUCAACUGUGUUGUGGAGAUCAGCAAAGGAGGCAAAGUGAAAUACGAGCUGGACAAGAAGAGUGGUCUCAUCAAGGUUGACAGGGUGCUGUACUCGUCGGUCGUGUACCCCCACAACUAUGGCUUCAUUCCUCGUACUCUGUGCGAAGACAACGAUCCAUUGGACGUCUUGGUCCUGAUGCAGGAGCCUGUGUUGCCUGGAUGCUUUCUGCGAGCGAGAGCGAUUGGACUGAUGCCGAUGAUUGAUCAGGGCGAGAAGGACGAUAAGAUCAUCGCCGUGUGCGCUGACGAUCCCGAGUUCACACACUACCAAGACAUCAAGGAUCUCCCACCCCACAGGCUGGCAGAGAUCCGGAGGUUCUUCGAGGACUACAAGAAGAACGAGAACAAGACCGUGGCUGUGAACGACUUCCUGCCAGCAGAAAACGCCGUGCAGGCGAUCCAGCAUUCCAUGGAUCUGUACGCGUCCUACAUCGUGGAAAGUCUGCGUCAGUAGCGGUGCCGCGGUUCGGGUCGUGACGGGCAUGAUAGAUAUCGACGAAAUUCUUACAAUCUUUUCUACUUAGUAUACUCUCUGGUCUCCUUGUUUUUUUGUUUUGUGGUUCGUGAUCCUCUUCGAGAGGCUCAAAACCAGCUAGUGAGUGUACAUACGAGCAACCUUGAUGUUUUAGUGACAAGAAAAGUGCCCAAAUCGAACUCGAUCUUGGAAAAAAAAAG